AUGACGACAGAAGAAGGACCGCCAAGUCACGUAGAUUCCGCAACUGGCAUCAAAUUGGCAUUGGACCCGAACUUAAUCACAUUGGCACUAAGUUCUAACCCAACCUCUAGUCUUCAUUCACCAACGUCUGAUGAACCCGUGUCUGAGUCUGCAGGAAAAGCAGAUACUGGUAUUCGCCUAGAAGGUGAUGAGUUGGAGAAUAAGACCAAGAAAGACAAUGAUAAAAAGUUAAAAUUUUUGAAAAAUAAAGAUUCCUUGGUCAGCAAUCCACACGAAAUUUAUGGCUCUAUGCCAUUAGAGCAAUUGAUCCCGAUCAUCUUAAGACAGCGUGGUCCAGGCUUUAAAUUCGUUGAUCUGAAUGAAAAAGAAUUACAAAAUGAGAUCAAUCAGCUUGAUAAUAAUAGUAGUGACAGUCGCAACAGCGAGAAGAAGGACAAUGAUGGUGCUGAUGAAAAUGCACAAACUGGAGAAGAUUUCAUGGAAGUGGAUUAUGAAGAUAAAGACAAUUCAGUAAAUUCACAGAAUGGAACAGAUCACAAAACGAACGAAACUGGCGAGACAGACGAUAAUGUUGAAACGAUAAUGACACAAGAACAGUUUGUUAAGAGAAGGAGGGAUAUGCUAGAACAUAUAAAUUUGGCCAUGAAUGAAUCAUCUCUAGCUUUAGAAUUUGUUUCCUUGCUGCUAUCAAGUGUUAAAGAAUCCACAGGUAUGUCAUCAAUGUCACCAUUUCUUAGAAAAGUUGUUAAACCUUCUAGUUUAAAUAGUGAUAAAAUUCCAUAUGUUGCACCUACAAAGAAAGAAUACAUUGAGUUGGAUAUAUUGAAUAAAGGAUGGAAGUUACAAAGUUUGAACGAAUCUAAAGAUCUAUUACGCGGAAGUUUCAAUAAAUUGAGUUCCAUAUUACAAAACGAACAUGACUAUUGGAAUAAGAUAAUGCAGAAUAUUAGCAACAAGGAUGUUAUUUUUAAAAUUAGAGAUAGAUCUAGCGGUCAAAAGCUGUUGGCAAUUAAGUAUGGUUACGAAGACUCUGGAUCUACUUAUAGGCACGAUAGAGGUAUUGCUAAUAUAAGGAAUAACAUAGAAUCGCAAAAUUUGGAUUUGAUACCCCAUAGUAGUUCAGCAUUUAAAGGUACGGAUUUCAUACAUUCAGUAAAGAAAUUCCUAAGAGUUCGCAUCUUUACAAAAAUCGAAUCAGAAGAUGAUUACAUAUUGAGUGGCGAGAGUGUGAUGGAUAGGGAUGGUGAAAAUGAAGAAACUGAAACUGAAGAUAUUAGGAAGCAGAUUCAGAUUUUGAAAAAGAUUAUUUUCGAAAAAGAACUGAUGUACCAAAUAAAGAAAGAGUGCGCCUUGUUGAUUUCCUAUGGUGUCAGUAUUGAAAACGAAAACAAAGUAAUAAUUGAACUGCCUAACGAAAAAUUUGAAAUCGAGUUAUUGUCCCUCGACGAUGACUCCAUAGUCAAUCAUGAACAAGAUUUACCAAAAAUCAACGACAAGAGAGCUAACCUGAUGCUUGUUAUGCUGAGAUUAUUAUUAGUCGUCAUAUUCAAGAAAACACUAAGAUCUAGAAUAAGCUCGCCCCACGGACUGGUUAAUUUGAACGUUAACGAUGAUAUCUUAAUAAUUCGUCCCAUCCUUGGUAAAGUUCGGUUUGCUAAUUACAAGCUGUUACUAAAAAAAAUUAUAAAGGAUUACGUGCUCGAUAUAGUUCCUGGUUCAAGUAUAACAGAGACAGAAGUAGGGAGAGAAGAACCUCAGGAAAAUAGAAACAUUGAUGAUGAAAAUAUAACGAGAUUGAAUAAGGAGAUCCGUGCUUUUGAUAAACUCUUGAAUAUACCUAAACGUGAACUUAAGAUAAAUUUACCAUUGUCUGAGUACAAAAGCCCAAGCCUAAGUUUAAUCCUCGAAAGUCCUAACUAUUGUAAUGCACUCAUUCACAUUAAAUUUAAAGAUAGUGCAGAAGCCAACGCGGUGUCCUUUGACACAACAUUUUCUGAUUUUAAGGAAGUAGAGGACUUCCUACAUUUUAUUGUUGCCGAAUACAUCCAGCAGAAAAAGGUGUAA